AUGCAGUGCUACACUGAAAUAGCCCCGCCAACCGCCGUCAGCCAUGCCAUCAACCUUCCCUUCCUGCACUCUAGAUCAAACAACCUAGUCGUCGCAAAGAACUCGCUACUCCAGAUCUUCGAACUCAAGUCGACCACCACCGAGGUCACCCCGGGCGGAGGAGACGAGUCGGAGAAUGCAGCCGCGAACCUCGACACAGAGGCGGCCGACGUGCCAUUGCAGCGCACCGAGAACACGGCAAAGCUGGUGCUGGUGGGUGAAUUCCCCCUCGCCGGCACAGUCAUAUCGCUUGCGCGCGUGAAGGCGCUCAAUACAAAGUCAAAGGGCGAGGCGCUGCUGGUAGCCUUUCGGGAUGCAAAGCUCAGUUUGGUAGAGUGGGACCCGGAGACGUACAACCUCCAUACAAUAUCAAUACACUACUAUGAGAACCCAGACUUGCCCGGCAUUGCACCUUGGUCCGCUGAUCUCAAAGAUACGUACAACUUCUUGACGGCAGACCCCAGCAGCAGAUGCGCCGCCCUCAAGUUUGGCACCCACAACCUCGCCAUCCUGCCCUUUCGCCAGCGUGAUCUUGUCGAAGAUGACUAUGAUUCCGAUGCCGAAGCUCCCAAGGAGACCAAGGCUGAGCACGCCGUCGAGCACAAGACACCAUAUUCCUCCUCCUUUGUCCUCCCACUCACCAACCUCGACCCCACCCUCACACACCCCGUCCACCUCGCCUUUCUGCACGAGUACCGCGAACCUACCUUUGGCAUCGUCGCUGCCUCACGAGCUACCGCUCCGUCGUUACUCGCCCACCGAAAAGACAUCCUCACCUACUCCGUCUUUACCCUCGAUCUUGAACAAAAGGCUUCCACCACCCUUCUAUCAGUCUCCGGACUCCCCUACGACAUCACAAAAGUGGUACCACUGCCGUCUCCAAUCGGCGGUGCUCUUUUGGUAGGAGGCAACGAGAUCAUACAUGUCGACCAGGGAGGAAAGACAAAUGGCGUGGCUGUCAACGAAUUUGCCAAGGCCUGCACCUCGUUCCCACUCAGCGACCAGUCAGACCUGGCCCUGCGUCUGGAAGGAUGUCAGGUUGAGCUCUUGUCGCAGGACACUGGUGAUGUCAUGAUCGUACUCAACAGCGGGCGCAUCCUCAUUCUUACCUUCACUCUAGACGGCCGUACCGUAUCUGGAAUGACUAUACAGACCGUGUCGGAAGACCAUGGUGGUCACGUCCUUCAAGCUGCUGCUUCUUGUACCAGCAACCUCGGUCGAGGGCGCUUGUUCAUCGGAAGUGAAGAUGGGGAAUCGGUAAUGCUAGGUUGGACUGGCACAUCCACCCAACUACGACGAAAGCAAUCACAUGCUGAUUCCGACGGCGACGAAGAUAUGUCUGACGAGGAGGAUGUGGAUGACAUGGAGGACGACCUUUACAAUGAUACAGCACCCGCAGUCCAGAAGAUCACUGCAGCUGUAUCUGAACCCACAGCGCCAGGAACAUAUACUUUCAGGAUACACGACGUUUUGCCAAGCAUAGCGCCGAUUAAAGCCGCCAUCCUCCACCCUGGCAAAGACACCGAAUCCUUGAACAAGGGCGAGAUCAUGUUGUCAACAGGUAGAGGGGCUGCUGGAGCCAUUACCGCUCUUGACCGUGAACUGCAUCCUGUCAGUGUGGCUACAAAGGAGCUUCCAUCAGCGCAUGGCGUCUGGGCUGUGCAUGCUCGGAAGCAAGCCCCCGGAGAUGUUACCGCUGCGUUUGGUGAAGACACCGAAGCGAAUAUGGCUACCGACGUGGAUUAUGACCAGUAUCUGGUUGUUUCCAAGGUCGGCGAAGACGGCACUGAAAGCACUGUCGUGUACGAAGUCAACGGCAACGAACUCUCAGAAACUGACAAGGGUGACUUUGAGCGUGAAGAAGGCUCGACUCUUUUCGUAGGUGUGUUGGCAGCCGGCACAAAGGUCGUGCAGGUAAUGCGAACCGAAGUCAGGACAUAUGACUCGGAAUUGAACAUGGAUCAAAUCCUCCCCAUGGAAGACGAAGAAACCGGCAACGAACUCAACGUCAUCAACGCCAGUUUCGCAGACCCGUACCUCCUCAUCUUACGCGAAGACUCAAGCGUCAAGAUUUUCAAAGCCACUGGUGACGGCGAACUUGAAGAUGUUGAAGCGACGGGUUUGUCAGGAACUCAAUGGCUCUCGGCCAGUUUGUUUAAAUCUUCCAGCUUCACGGAUGUCUUUGCCUUUCUGCUGACUCCAGAAGGGGGUCUGCGCGUUUUUGCCAUGUCGGACAUGGAAAAGCCGUGUUAUGUUGCUGAGGCCUUGAGCUUUUUGCCGCCGGUACUAGUGAUGGACUAUGUGCCCAAGCGCAGUGCGAUCAAAGCGACCAUCACUGAGAUUCUGGCCGCGGAUUUGGGUGAUGCGACCUCCAAGUCGCCUCAUCUAAUCAUCCGCACAUCGAACGACAAUCUCGUCAUCUACAAGGCUUUCCAUUCUCCAUCACGGUCUGCUUCAGAACUCUGGACUCAGAACUUGCGAUGGGUCAAACUCUCCCAGCAGCACGUGCCGAGAUACAUCGAAGACACAGGCUCAGAAGACCCAGGGUUUGAGAGUACGCUAUUAGCAUUAGAUGAUAUUUGCGGCUACAGUACUGUCUUCCAACGAGGUACAACCCCAGCCUUCAUCUUCAAAGAGUCAUCGAGCGCACCUCGCGUUAUUGGCCUUAGCGGCAAGCCCGUCAAGAGCCUCACCUCAUUCCACACGUCGAACUGUCAGCGCGGGUUCGCGUACCUGGACUCCACACACACACUUCGCAUUUCCCAACUCCCGCCUCAAACACACUACGGCCACCUCGGCUGGCCAACACGACGCAUGCCCAUGGACGCAGAUGUACAUGCCCUCGCCUACCACCCAGCCGGUCUGUACAUCGUCGGAACAGGCCAACAGGAAGAGUACCAGCUGGACCCGAGUGAAACAUACCACUACGAGCUACCCAAAGAAGACAUGACGUUCAAGCCCACCAUCGAACGCGGCGUCAUCAAACUCGUAGACGAGAAAUCCUGGGCAAUCAUCGAUACGCACACGCUCGACCCCCAAGAAGUCGUCCUCAGCAUCAAGACGCUCAACCUCGAAGUCAGCGAAACCACGCAUCAACGCAAAGACCUUGUUGCCGUUGGUACUUCCAUUGUCCACGGCGAAGAUCUCGCUACGAAGGGGUGUAUACGCAUCUUCGAAGUCAUCACCGUGGUACCCGAGCCUGAUCGCCCGGAGACAAAUAAACGGCUGAAGUUGAUUGUCAAAGAUGAAGUUAAAGGUGCCGUGUCUGCCAUCUCAGGACUGGGUACACAGGGGUUUUUGAUCAUGGCGCAGGGGCAGAAGUGCAUGGUGAGAGGUCUCAAGGAAGAUGGGACGUUGCUUCCAGUCGCGUUCGUGGAUAUGCAAUGCUACGUUAGUGACUUGAAGAAUUUGCCAGGGACGGGUAUGCUGGCCAUGGCUGAUGCGUAUCGAGGUGUUUGGUUUACGGGCUACACAGAAGAACCAUAUAAAAUGUCCCUCUUUGCACGGUCGAAACAUGGUUUGGAGACUGUUGCGGUAGAGUUUCUGCCGUUUGAUCAACAACUUCAUCUUGUUGUUGCGGAUGCAGACAUGAAUCUACAGAUGCUCCAGUUUGAUCCUGACAACCCCAAAUCAGAAGCCGGAUCCCGCCUCCUGCAUAAAUCCACCUUCCACACCGGCCACUUCCCCACAUCAUUGCAUCUCGUCACAAGUCAUCUGAACUUGCCAUCAACAACAGAUACCUUCACAACCGACCCUAUCAACGACGACGGCGACAUGGAAGACGACACCACCCCAUCACCAUCACCGUCCACGCCCAAACAGCCGCUCCACCAAAUCCUCCACACGACUCAGUCCGGAACCCUCGCCCUCAUAACCCCGUUGUCCGAAGAUUCUUACCGUCGCCUCUCAAAUCUAACCGCUUACCUCGCAAAUACACUGGAUAGUCCUGCGAGUCUAAACCCUCGCGCGUUUCGCACAGGCGAGAUGAGUAAUGAGGGGGGUUGGGACGCGGGGACUGGAGCGAGAGGCGUGCUAGACGGGAACCUUUUAAUGAGAUGGGGUGAGUUGGGCGAGCGGGGACGGAGAGAGGGCAUGGGCAAGUAUGGCGAGGGACAGGAAGGGGAGUGGCUGUUUUGGGGGGAGAGGGAGCCGCAGCACAAGAUGACUAAAAUCAUCGCCAUCACUGGAGCUACGGGAUCUCAGGGUGGAGGAGUUGCCAACAUCUUACUCGAUACCCCCGGAUGGAAAAUCCGUGCAAUCACAAGGAAUGCAAACAGCCAAAAGGCCCAUGACCUUGCUUCUCGGGGCGCAGAAGUGGUUCAGGCCAACUUUGACGAUGAAGAUUCUUUGGUCAAGAGCUUUGAAGGUGUUCAUGCGGUGUUUGGCGUCACUAACUUCUGGGAGUAUAUCUUUACUGGUAAUUCCCAGUCGAAAUCUGGCGAGAUUGAAGAAGAGCAAGCUAUGCGGCUUGCUCGCGCAGUUUCUCGUACUCCUACUGUCGAGCACUAUAUCUGGUCUACACUCCCAGGCGCCCGAGAUUUAACCAAAGGACAAGUAGAAGUCCCACACUUGGACUACAAGUCCAAGGUCGAUGAGCGUAUCAAGAGGGAGCUACCUGAGCUGGGAAGGAAGACCACUUUCUUAUUUUUCGGUUACUACCCAACAAACAUGGCAUUCUUUCCUAUGCUCAAGCCAAUCGAAUACCCCGGUGCCAAUGGAAAAUACGCUCAAUUUGUUCCUACUCGGGCCAGUUCCCAGAUCCCAGUCGCCGGCGACAUGGCUGUUACGCCCGGUAUCUGGGUUCGUCAGAUUCUUGCCAACUAUCCUAAGACUCUAGGAAAAUACGCUAGUGUUGCUCCAGAGAAGCUGACCUUUGGAGAGAUUUUGAACCUCUGGUCUGAAGUGAGUGGUCGUGAGGCCGUAUACUGUGAAGUCGGCAAGAAGCAGUAUGAGGAGCUAUGGGGUGUCGGCGGUAACGAAUUUGCACGACAGAUGGAAUUUGGAGAAUUGGUUACGGACUGGACGACUCCUUUGGCUGACGACUUUUUGUCGAUGGAGGAUCUGGGUAUUGUAGAGCAGGGAAUUGGAUGCAAGGCUGCAUUUGAGCGUGUAAAAGAAUUUCUAUAG